AUGGCUUCAACUGAAAAAUUUACUCAAACUGAGAAAAAAGAUUUGAAAAUGGAGCUUUCCUCUUUGGAAACUUCAUGUGAUUCUGUUCUGGCCAAGGGAGUUGAUUUGUCAGGCUCAACUUCUUCUCUCCAUCCAACAUGUGACAAAAGAGCAGCUAAUGACGCUGCCUUUGGACCUCCAGAAGAAGAAAGGUCUUUACAAACUUCAGCUAAGCAACCCUGGUCAAAAAGAGAGCAUCUGAAUCCACCUGAGGAGAGCUCUAGCAAAGGCAAUGACUCUGCAUGCUUCAGCUUUAUGAAGAAGCUCUGGAAUGUUGUUGAAAGCGAUCGCUUUGAGUCCAUUUGGUGGGGUGAUGACGGCAAAUGUGUAGUGAUUCAUGAAGAACUGUUUGAAGAGGAAGUACUAGCAAGGGGAGGACAUCUGAGAAUUUUUGAAAGUGAGAGCAUGAGAAGCUUCGCUCAUCAGCUCCAUCUGUAUGGAUUCACCAGAAAGCUGCAGGACGUUCCAAAAUCGGGCUCACGUGAUGACUUGCUAGCAGAAGAAGCAGCAAGGGAGCUUCACUUCUACUACAACCCAAAUUUUAGAAGACAUUUUCCAUAUCCACUAAUGAAGUAUAAGCAAAGCUUUUGUCCAAAGAAUCAAACAUCAGCAGGAUUUACACUGGACCCCACUUUACAUGCGUUCUGCUGGAAAAGAAAACCAGAGGUUGAGCUUGCAUGGGAAACCAUUUGUGAGGAGGAGAGCGGUCUGUCAACAGCAGGUCCAAGGGAGGAUGUGCACACCUCUGCACCCAGGAAGACAGCACCUGCCAAGCGACGUGCCACGGCAGCUACCCGAGUUAGAUGUGCUUCUGCAUCCGCACGCACUGCUGCUCUGACAAACGCAGACCCUGUGGCAGCAGGAGGUGGGGAGAAGCCCAGUCGUCUGUCCCCCGCACUUUUUGCCGCAGCACAGCAGCCCCAGCCCAGUUGGCACCCAGGGUGCUGCUUCUGCUGCUGCCUGACGAGGUGA